AGCUGCUCCGGGUGGAGCGCCCCAGCCCCGAGCCGUGGCUGCCUAGGGUGGCGGGCCGGCGCAGGGGAGCAGCGGACCACCAGCGCGGGCGGCCGGGUCCGGGGGCGGCCGCCUGCGGGAAUCCGGGACGCGGGGGAGCCGCAGACGAGCCGCCUGCAGCCGGGAGGCGAGGACCGUGGCUGGGCUUUCCUCACCCGGGUACCUUCUUAUCCCAUAACUUCGGUGUCCUGAAAUCUGAGAAUUCCACCAAGAUAAUAUGAUAGGAACUUUCCGUGAUUUGGAGCUGUAUCCUACUUAGCUAAUGCAGGCCUUCCAGAUUUCCUGAGAGCUUGGUACAACAGCACAUACUGUCACAGCCACGGGCAAUAAUGCCAUCUCUGCCACAAGAAAGAGUUAUUCAGGGACCCUCUCCCCUGGAUCUGAAUACAGAAUUGCCUUAUCAAACCACAAUGAAAAGGAAAGUCAGAAAGAAGAAAAAGAAGGGAAUCAUUACAGCAAAUGUUGCUGGGACAAAGUUUGAAAUUGUUCGUUUAGUAAUAGAUGAAAUGGGAUUUAUGAAAACUCCAGAUGAGGAUGAAACAAGCAACCUUAUAUGGUGUGAUUCUGCAGUUCAGCAGGAGAAGAUUGCCGAGCUGCAAAAUUACCAGAGGAUCAACCAUUUUCCAGGAAUGGGGGAGAUCUGUAGAAAGGAUUUCUUAGCAAGAAAUAUGACCAAAAUGAUCAAGUCCCGGCCUCUGGAUUACACCUUUGUUCCUCGAACAUGGAUUUUCCCUGCUGAAUAUACACAAUUCCAGAACUACAUGAAAGAAUUGAAGAAAAAGAGAAAACAGAAAACUUUUAUAGUAAAACCAGCUAAUGGUGCAAUGGGUCAUGGGAUUUCUUUGAUAAGAAAUGGUGACAAACUUCCAUCUCAGGAUCAUUUGAUUGUUCAAGAAUACAUUGAAAAGCCUUUCCUAAUGGAAGGUUACAAGUUUGAUUUACGAAUUUAUAUUCUGGUAACAUCAUGUGAUCCACUGAAAAUAUUUCUCUACCAUGAUGGACUUGUGCGAAUGGGGACAGAGAAGUACAUUCCACCUAAUGAGUCUAAUUUGACCCAGUUAUACAUGCAUCUAACAAACUACUCUGUGAACAAGCACAAUGAACGUUUUGAAAGGGAUGAGACUGAAAACAAAGGCAGCAAACGUUCCAUCAAGUGGUUUACAGAAUUCCUACAAGCAAAUCAACACGAUGUUGCUAAGUUUUGGAGUGAUAUUUCAGAAUUGGUUGUAAAGACUUUGAUUGUAGCAGAACCUCACGUCCUGCAUGCAUAUCGAAUGUGCAGACCUGGUCAGCCUCCAGGAAGUGAAAGCGUCUGUUUUGAAGUCCUUGGAUUUGAUAUAUUGUUGGACAGAAAACUAAAGCCAUGGCUUCUGGAGAUUAAUCGAGCUCCAAGCUUUGGAACUGAUCAGAAAAUAGACUAUGAUGUAAAAAGGGGAGUGCUGCUAAAUGCAUUGAAGCUACUGAACAUCAGGACCAGUGAUAAAAGGAGAAACUUGGCCAAACAAAAAGCUGAGGCUCAAAAGAGGCUUUAUGGCCAAAAUUCAAUAAAAAGGCUCUUACCAGGUUCCUCAGACUGGGACCAGCAGAGGCAUCAAUUGGAGAGGCGGAAAGAAGAGUUGAAAGAGAGGCUCGCUCAAGUACGGAAACAGAUCUUAAAAGAAGAACAUGAAAAUCGGCAUAUGGGGAACUAUAGACGAAUUUAUCCUCCUGAAGAUAAAACUCUGCUUGAAAAGUAUGAAAGUUUGUUGGCUGUUGCCUUUCAGACCUUCCUUUCAGGAAGAGCAGCUUCAUUCCAGCGAGAGCUGAAUAAUCCUUUGAAAAGGAUGAAGGAGGAAGAUAUUUUAGAUCUUCUGGAACAAUGUGAAAUUGAUGAUGAAAAAUUGAUGGGCAAAACUGUCAAACCUCGAGGACCAAAGCCUCUCUCCUCCAUGCCUGAGACCUCUGAAGUACUGAGAAGACAGAAAUACUAUAGCAGUGACAGCAGUUAUGACAGUAGCAGUGGCUCUUCGGAAUCAGAUGAAAAUGACAAAGAAGAAUACCAAAAUAAGAAAAGAGAAAAGCAAGUUACAUAUAACCUUAAACAGUCCAACCACUACAAGUUAAUUCAACAAUCCAGUUCUAUUAGGCGUUCAGUCAGUUGCCCUCGGUCCAUCUCUUCUCAAUCACCUUCCAGUGCAGACAACCGGCCGUUUUCUGCUCAACAAAUGAUACCAGCGUCCCGGUCAACUUCAGGGUCUCGGUCACAUUCCUUAAAUCGUGCUUCCUCCUACAUGAGGCAUCUGCCCCAUGCUAAUGAUGCCAGCACUACUAACUCUCAAAUGAGUGAGUCUUUGCGGCAACAGAGAACAAAGGAACAAGAAGACCAUCUAACAAGUCAGACCUUAUUUGUCCUCAAGGACAUGAAGAUCCGGUUUCCAGGAAAAUCAGAUGCAGAAUCAUUACUUCUGAUAGAAGAUAUCAUUGAUAACUGGAGGUAUCAUAAAACAAAAGUGGCUUCAUAUUGGCUCAUAAAAUUGGACUCUGUAAAACAACGAAAAGUUUUGGAUAUAGUAAAAACAAGUAUUCGUACAAUUCUUCCACGCAUCUGGAAGGUACCUGACGUCGAGGAAGUAAAUUUAUAUCGGAUUUUCAACAGGGUUUUUAAUCGCUUACUCUGGAGUCAUGGUCAAGGACUGUGGAAUUGUUUCUGUGAUUCAGGAUCCUCUUGGGAGAGUAUUUUCAGUAAAAGCCCUGAGGUGGUGACUCCUUUGCAGCUCCAAUGUUGCCAGCGCCUGGUUGAGCUUUGUAAACAGUGCCUGCUAGUGGUUUACAAAUAUGCAACUGACACAAGAGGAUCAUUCUCAGGCACUGGUACAGAUUGGAGCAAUUCCAGGUAUUUAUUACCAGGAAGUACACAAUUCUUCAUGAGAACACCAACCUACACCUUGAAAUACAGUUCACCUGGAAUGACUCGCUCCAGUGUUUUGUUUACUUCCCGAUAUGGCCAUUUGUGAAACAGAAAGGAAGAUCUCCAUGGAUUAUGCAUAAUAGCAGUUCAUUUUUUCCCUCCAAUUUAACAUGCAAAGAAAGUGACCAUUAAGUGCUGUUUUAUGUAUAUAUGACAUAUAUGUGUGAAAAUAUAUACACAUGUGCACUCAAAUAAUACAUAUAUAUUUAUUAUAAUAUAUGAAAGAAGAAUUAGAAAACUGGAUAUAAGAUUUAACCUUUCUGGAAAUGUAAUAAACCAUGCUAAAAUUGUUUACACGAAUAUGUGAAUGUCUAGAAUUUGCUAGGUUUAUAAUUAAUACCUUCCUACUAGAAAUGUUAUUUUUGCUGCAGAAUAUAUAAAACAGAAUUGAUCUUGAAGAUCCCAUUUCAGUGUUAAAUUAUUUUCUAGAUAAUACAUCUUUUGACUUGAAAAAGCAUUAAUAGUAAAAUAUCUUAUUAAUUCUCUUAUACAUAGUAAUCAUUUAAAAUGAAAAAGCUAGAAGCCUGGUGUUGCUUGAUGAUAGGAUUAAAUAUAAAACGGGUUUAUCAUUAUUAUAGCACAUUGCAAUGUACUAUAAAAAUCCCAACUAAUAUUCCCAACAUUUUUAUUUCUUUAUUUGGAAAUUUAGCUACUUGUGGUGAUGUACAUUUUCAGUAAGGAUCUAGUAGGACCAUAUAAUGAUAUAAAAUGGAAGACAAUCCAGUGGCUUAAAAGUAAACAAAACAUAAACUAGCUUUCAUUUUUUACGUUUCAUUGGGAGUCACAUAAAGGUACAGAAAAUUAUGGUAAUAACAAAAUCUUUCUAUCUGAUUUUUGUAUUCAUAUCACUCACUUUUAUUUGGAAAGUAUAUCUCCAAUGGGUACAUAUGGUUAAAUACAAUUUCUUCUGUUCUUCAGAAGUAGAAGAGUUGACAUUUCAAACUCAUUUUGGAGUUAGGGUAAUGUGUCACACUUGUAAGUCUCUCAAUGUUGAGACCAACUUACACUGCAAAGUCUAAUAAAGAGUUUCACAUUGUACCAUAGAAAAUAAUCUAAAUUAUUGCAAAUAGGUUCAGAUUACUAAAUAUUAUUAGUCAUGGAUAUACCCUUGAGAAUUUUCAAAAAUCAAAAUAGAGUAUGAAGUUUUCUUCAUGUCUAAAGUUAUUCUGCAUGAAUUUCUUAGCAGUUUGCUUCCUUUUCUUGCUUACAGUUUUAAAAAACAAUAGGUAAGCUUUCAGUUUUCCGUAAAAAUAUCAACAGCAGUAUCAUUGACAUGGAACUCCUUAGAAAUUGUGAUAUUCAUCUUUUAGAAGUUUGUUUAAACUUCUCCCUACAGUCUUAUUUUCUCACAGAUGCUAAUUAUUGGCAAAAUUUAGGAAAGCUUUACCUUUUGCUAUCCUAGAAACUAUUUUCAGGAAACCAAGAAACGAGAGUAAAUCAAAGCAGGAGAACUCAAGAGUGGCAAACUGUCCUGUUUUAAUUUACAAACUGGAUAAUUAGCAACCUAAGAUUGUAAGUUAGAUACAUUUUGCUCAUUUUAAAGCCAUAUUCUGAGGCUGUGAUAGGCUAAAAUAGGUUUUUCCUUAAAUUAUCACCACUUGAUUCUUUAUGACUACCUAACAUCCAUAUUCCAAUAGAUACUUCUCCUUGCUAGAUGCAUCCCAAAGAAGAAUUUGUUAUUGUCUUUGUGGAAAAAGAGGAUGAGGAUAUCAGGAUAAAGGAAAUUACAAUUUAACUCUGAGUGUUUGUGACUCCACUUUGCAGAUUUCUUAGAAUCCACAGUGCAAAAUUUGGGAUAUUACAAAUUCAUUUUAAGAGUGAUCAGCAAGUAGGUCUUUUCAUGAAGUAUUUUUUUAAAUCACUUUUCUUUUAAAUUCACGCUGUGUCCAUGAAUGAGACAUAAUUUCAAGUGUCUGGUAUGUGAUAUCAACCCAGUUUGUUGGUCACUCACGUGCAUUAAUUUAAAUCAAAAUGGUUAUUUCUUACACUAGAGUGAGUGCUGUGGAACUUCUGUCCUUAUUGAUAAAAGACUAAAAUUUUUAUUUAAGACAAAAAAGAAUGUUCAACAUGGGGAUGAACCCUCUCCCCCUAGAAAACACACACACAUAGAAUUUAAAAACCAAAAAUAAGUUAAAAUGUGUGAAACUACCCAAUGAACAAAUUUCAUUUCUCUAGGUACUUAGAGCUGGCUUUUUUUGAACACCAUAAUUUUAUUGCUCAUAUUUGCUUAUUUAUACUGAUCUAGUUUGAUGUGAGAAAGUUGUGAAUAAAAGCCAUGUGCUCAUUAUUUAUAUAUGCUACCUGGUAUGCUGUGGACUAUGGUUGCUAUAGUGCUUAUUCCCUAAUGAGAAACUAAGAAGAGAAGAUACAGUAGUCAACCAUGAGAGUGUCUAGAGACCACAGGUAUGUUUUAGAGGCAUAAAAUAUUCCUUAGCUUUUAUUAUGAAUUUUUUAUUCAUAAGGUUAAAGCAUAUUAAUAUAAGUGAUAGUACGGGUCUGAUUCUCUCUCUUUCUUCCAGGAGAGAAAAUAACUUCAGUUGAAAAGACUCCAGAAGUUAUUCAAUAUUACCAGGAGUUUUUAAUAGGGAAUUUGGUUUACUUGAGUUGAUAGUGUAUUAUUUUCAUUCUGUUAUGAGAAAACAUAUAUCCCUACUCAUUCUGUUAAUCCAAGCUCAGAAUGCUUUCCAGAACUAUAUAUGAUUACAAUGAUUUCCGGAAUUAUAUAAAAAGCAACCUUUAUUUUAAAUCAUCAUCUAUGAACCUGGUAUGAGACUACAGAUUUGUUUUCACAUUAAUUAUCAAGCAUUAAUUAACUACCAUUUGCUUUAUGUUAUCUAUUGAACAAUUGUGAUUCAUUAUUUUUAUUAGCAACAAAUUUUAUUUUACUGGCAUUUCAUUUACCUUGCAUGUAUGAAAAUGAUGUUAUAACAGGAUCAAAUAUGGAAAUAACCUCUGCCAGAUAUAAAGAUUUAUAUGUAUUUUUUCAUAUGUCUAAAUUAGGUCUAAAUACACAAAAAUUGCCUACUAAUUUCUCCUCCCUAAAACUAAAAUGAACCAAAUUCAGACAAACAAGCAAAAAAAACAUUAAAUUUUCUUUUCAUGUAGUAUUUACAAACAACUAGAUGAUUGAUAUUGGCUUUGAGACAUCAAGGAUUUCAUUCUAAUUCUCUUUUUAAUUUGGAAAGCAUAUGAUUAUAGAAUUUCAAGUUAGGAGUUAUCUAACUUGAAUUUUCACAUUUUAAUAUAAAUUAAUCCAAAUGCUUUUGUCUUUAGCAUGCCAAAGCCAAUCUAUGUAAAAUUCAUUUUACAUCUAAACAUACACACUAUUUGAUCUUUUCAAUGCAACAAAAAGUUAAUUGUUACAUCAACUCUUAUUUCUAGGUUUCUAUAAAUCACUGAUUCAUUCUUAAAUGUGUAUUCUUUAAAAAAUAAUAGCAAAUACCUCGAGAAGAGUGACAGAAAAUACCUUCCUUUUUUUCUGUAAUGCUAAUUUACUUUUCAAGUCUUAGCUUACCUGGUUUUAAGGACUACGCAAUAAAAGUGGUAACUUCAGAUAGUUGUAUUGCUGUGACCUAAUGAUUUUUUAAAAAUUGGCUUUUCUCUUUAAAUUAAGAAAUUUAUGUUGUCAAGUUCUGAAUUAGUUAUCUAAAUAUUUUGGGUUAAUAGCACUUACAAAUAAAUUGAAACAAAUUGGAAAUAUAUUCACGAUGAAAAUGUUAUUCCUUACACUGCUUUUUCUUUCUUCCUUUUUCCUUGCUUCUCAUCUUCUUCUUUGCUUUAAGCUCCCUUUGAAGUUUUGACCUUUGUAUGGACAAGGUCAAGAAAGGAUAUCUCCUGCCUUUUAAAUAUUGGUUUUCCUUGUAUUUUAUGGUGGCGUAUUUUUGCCUCAGCAACAAUAAAACUUAGAUAAAAUGUGUUUAGAUCAAGCUCACUUCGUCUGCUGGGAUUUUUAAGAGCCAAGUUUCUAUGCCUAAGAGGCACUGAUUGUCUAGACCAUUUGAACCAAGAUACAUGGAUGCAAAUAAUAACCUUGCAACCAAAAAGUAGUAUAUUAAAACCUAUUGCACUCUUUGAGAUUGCUGCCCUUUUUUGCUGAUUUUUUGCCUUGUCAUAAAUGCGUUGAUAGUAUAUUGAAGGAAAAUGAUUCAGGUAACACAUUUUGUAUAAACUGGGCUGUUAAUAUCUAAAGAAGGGCUACAUAAAACUUUUAUUUUAUCCCUACCUACUAACUUGAAAACUGUUGGUGAAAUCAUUAUUCAAUAGUCUAAUAUUUUUUAAAUAAGUAAGAAGGCUUACCUUACAAAAGUAAUCAGAUAAUGCUGAUAUUUCUCUUUCAAAGGCUAAAAAUGUUAGUUCUUGGUCCUGACCUGGUUGGUUCAUACAAUUAAUACUGUACAUGCUACAAUAUCGAAUAUUAAUAGAUUUGCUGGAGAAUCUGAGUUUCAAGAAUAGCUUGAAAGCAAUACACUUGCUACCAUGAAGCAUGACUCAAAUUAUCCCCAUAUGCUUUGCUACCUGUGUAUGAAUGCAAAUGUUGUUACAGAAAAUAUGCUUGAAAUGUCAACACAAUGUGCAAUUAGUGUUGCAUUGUCAUGCUUCAGCAUGUGAUAUCUGUAUGGUGAAGUUAUUUCAAUUACUAUAAUAAAAAAUGUUUAACAUAAGAAAGCUA